CUCCUAUUUCUCUUUCCAGCACAGGAAAAAAAUACCUCAACUCAACUCAACUCAAUCCUCCGAAAAAUGGCUUUCCCUCGGCAACAGUUUCAACAACACUACCAACCUCAUCAACAACAAGAGCAACAACAAUCUAAAAGUUUCAGUCUCAGGAACUUGUACGCAAUCGAGACUCAGAUUUCACCUCCACUUGCUUAUUACGACACGCCUAAUUUACAAGAUUCGUCGCAGCAUCCUCCUUAUAUCCCUCCUUUUCAUGUUGUGGGGUUUGCUCCGGGUCCGAUUCCGUUGGCUGAUGGGAGUGGAGGAGCUGAGAUGCAAUGGAAAAACGGGGGUGAACCUAAAAGGAAGAAACUAAAGGAACAAGAUUUUUUAGAGAACAACUCGCAGAUAUCUUCUGUUGACUUUUUGCAAGCAAGGUCAGUCUCGACAGGGUUAGGUUUGUCACUUGACAAUAAUAAUAAUCUUAUGGCUUCUUCAGGUGAUUCAACUUUGUUGUCACUCAUCGGUGAUGACAUAGAUAAUGAAUUGCAGCGACAGGAUGCAGAGAUUGAUAGGUUCCUCAAAGUGCAGGGUGACCGAUUACGACAAUCUUUUUUGGAGAAGGUUCAAGUGAACCAGCUUCAGACAAUUUCACUUGUGGAAGAGAUAGUUUUUAAGAAACUUCGUGAAAAGGAAGCGGAAGUGGAGAAUAUAAACAAGAAGAACAUGGAACUUGAAGAGCGUAUGGAGCAAUUGACCAUGGAAGCAGGUUCCUGGCAGCAACGUGCCAGAUACAAUGAGAACAUGAUUACUGCUCUCAAGUUUAAUCUUCAGCAAGUUUUUGCUCAAAGUAGAGAUAGUAAAGAAGGAUGUGGUGAUAGUGAGGUUGAUGAUACAGCUUCAUGUUGCAAUGGCCGAGCCAUUGAUUUCCACCUGCUCUGCAAGGAGAAUAGCAACAAGAAAGAGUUGAUGACUUGUAAAGCUUGUGCGUUGAAUGAAGCGCGUAUGCUCUUGUUACCUUGUUGGCAUCUCUGCCUGUGUAAAAGUUGUGAAAGUAAGCUUAGUUUUUGCCCCAUAUGCCAGUCAUCCAAGUUUAUUGGUAUGGAGGUCUUUAUGUAAUAAUAUACGUAUCAAAGCUUUAAUAUAAUACUAAAGUUAUAUCCAGCGAUCUUGUGAAAUGACGGUUGCCAGUUGGUUGCUAGUUUUCUGUUCAAAGGCCCAUUUUAACAUCUGUUUUAAAAGAAAUGUCUUGCAUUUCAUAUUAAGAAUUCGACACCUUCACCAACUUAAGUUGUUGGAUGAGUUCUGAUUGUUACUGUCUUA